GUAAAAGUGUUAAAAAUGAGUUUCUACAGACCCAGUUCAAACUACACGUCACCGGCUUAUCCUCAGCGGGCCCCGAGACCCAGUGAAAACGGUAGUAAUCGCUCAAUCCAUCCUCCACUCAGAGACCCACCCCCACCGGGAACGACUCCAGGCGAUCAAUACUAUCCGCUGGAAACGGCAAACUUUAAUGUUCCACCACCGACACUUCAUCCGGUAAGACCGGCCUCUGUACCGCCGCGUCAAUCGGCAGUUCCUUCUGAUGGAAAUAGUCAGCCAUCCCGGUAUCAUUCCUCCGUACCACAGCAGUACUACUCGGGUCAACACUCGUCUUCGCGAUACUACGGCACGUCUGGUUCAAGGGCUAGUGAGCGAAGGGAAACAUCCGUAUCGGAUGUUUACUCCGAACAUCCGAGAAAAGACAGCUACAGGAGUCGUUCCUCACCUCCCCCAGCGGACUACUCUUACCGUAGCGGAAGAAGCUAUUCCGUUCCAACCAGAGAUCACGAGCGCCGACCAAAAAGUCGAGAUAGGGAUCGGUCUUCAAGAUCGUCGACCCGUACGGAACCGACCAGAAAGGGUGAUUCGUCCUCCACGGACAGCAAAGAGCGCCCAACGAGAGUUUCAAGAUUCAAAGUGGAUUCCGAACGUGAAGCGAUAUUGUCUAAGUGGCGCAAGAAUUAUUGCGAAACUCCGGAGGACAUCCGAAGGAAACUGGCCGAGCUAACCAAUGACGAAGACAAAGCCUCAUGGGUCCGAUCGUCUCCGGCGGAUCUUUUCUAUCGCCGAGUUUCGGACAAAGUAGUGGAAGGAACUCCUCGGUUAGAUGCCCUGUGCGUUUUGUUUGACGAUGAACUUAUCCGGCGGGCGGAACGUGUCCGUGCCAAACAGGCUCCAUAUCAACCACCACCGAGAAAGCAUAAGGUUCGCGUAUGUCGCCAUAAAAAUGACAAAUGCUCCUCUUCGGAUUCGUCGGAUGAUGAGCUGAAUUUCGAGGAAGAGUGCAGCAUGGAAGAGUUGACCGUUAAAAUAAAGCACCCGUAUCGGCUGCACGCGGACCUUUGGCAUAACGAUCCGGGAGAGAUGAAUGACGGGCCGCUGUGCCGAUGCUCGGCAAGGUCCAGAAGGACGGGGAUACGGCAUGGGAAAUAUCCUGGGGAAGUUGGUUUCGACAAAUGUGUAUCGAGUUCAAACAAUGCCGAUAAGUUGUAUCACUAUAGAAUCACCAUCUCGCCACCGACGAACUUCUUAACGAAAACUCCAACCAUCAUCAAGCAUGAUCAACACGAAUUCCUCUUCGAGGGCUUUUCGCUCCUUUCGCAUCAACCGAUUGGCGAACUACCAACCUGUAAGGUUAUUCGCUUCAACAUAGAAUACACAAUCCUCUACAUUGAAGAGCAAAUGCCGGAAAACUUCACGAUUCGCGAAUUGGACCUUUUUGAACGCUUCAUGUUUAAAGAAUUGCUCGAGCUGGUUGACUUUACCGUGUAUCCCUCGGGCGCCGGUCCGGAAAACUCCUGCCCAUGCUAUCAUUUCCUCCCGAGGUUUGUUCGGGACCUCCCGGAUAAUGGGAAGGAAGUACUCGCAAUGGGUGAGGUACUGCGUUACCUUUUGGACAAUUCCGGUCCCUUGGUUGCACCUGACAUACUGAAGGAGAUGAACGACCUGAGCCAAAUUGAAUGGCAAGACUACGUCGACUACGUAAAGGGAAUGGUAGUGACGAAUCCCGGAAUGAAACCUUGCUCAGUACGAGUAGAUCAGCUUGAUCGUAACGUUACGGACGUACCGGAUGCCAAUCUAACCGACGAGGAAGGCAAUGUUCAUCCAGUUAUCGUCCACUUUGGCAUCCGACCUCCCCAGUUGAGCUAUGCAGGAAAUCCAGAAUACCAGAAAGCAUGGAGGGAGUACGUCAAGUUUAGACAUUUGAUCGCGAACAUGUCCAAACCAUCGUUCGAGGAUAAGCGAAAGCUGGAAGCAAAGGAGAACCGCCUGCUGGAAAUGCGCACUCAGGGAAGAAUGAAACGUAAUAUUACGGUUGCCGUCAGUGCCAAAGGGUUCCACCGAACCGGCAUAAUGUGCGACAUGGUGCAGCACGCUAUGGUGAUUCCGGUGCUUACCGGCCAUCUGCGGUUCCAUCGGGCGUUGGACGUUUUGGAGCAGCACGUCGAUUAUAAGUUCAUCAAUCGCUACACGCUUCAGCUGGCUCUGACGCAUCCAUCGUAUAAGGAAAACUUCGGAACCAACCCGGAUCAUGCGAGGAACAGCUUGACCAAUUGUGGCAUCCGUCAACCGGAGUACGGCGAUAGGAAGAUUCAUUUCAUGAAUACCCGCAAGCGUGGCAUCAAUACGUUGAUCAGCAUCAUGUCCCGCUUUGGCAAAGAGUACGAAACGGACAGCAACAUUACGCAUAACGAGCGGCUGGAGUUUCUCGGCGAUGCCGUGGUUGAGUUUAUCACGUCGAUCCAUUUGUUUCACAUGUUUCCGGAUUUGGAAGAAGGUGGCUUGGCAACAUACCGUGCGGCCAUCGUUCAGAACCAACACCUAGCCGUACUUGCCAAAACCCUGCACCUGGAGGAGUUCAUGCUGUACGCCCAUGGAUCCGAUCUGUGCCACGAGCUGGAACUGCGCCACGCGCUGGCCAACUGUUUCGAAGCCUUGAUGGGAGCCCUUCUAUUGGACGGAGGCAUAGAAACGGCGGACCGGGUGUUUGCCUACGCACUAUUCCAAGAAGAUACCAGUUUGCGUACCGUUUGGGUCAACUAUCCACCGCAUCCGCUGCAGGAGCAAGAACCCCUGGGCGAUCGCCAUAAUAUCGAAUCGUUCGCGAUUUUGAAAACGUUAACCAAGUUUGAGGAAUCGGUUGGCGUCAGCUUCAACCAUAUCCGUUUGUUGGCCAGGGCUUUCACCGAUAGAUCGAUCGGUUUCACCAAUUUGACUCUAGGAUCGAACCAACGGUUGGAAUUCUUGGGAGAUACCGUACUACAGUUGAUAUGUUCGGAGUACCUCUACCGGCACUUUCCCGAACAUCAUGAGGGACACUUGUCACUGCUGCGCAGCUCGUUGGUCAACAACCGCACACAAGCUGUCGUUUGUGAUGAUUUGGGCAUGACCACUUAUGCCGUUUAUUCCAAUCCGAAGGCUGACCUGAAAACCAAAGAUCGAGCAGAUUUGCUGGAAGCAUUUCUAGGGGCUCUCUACGUGGACAAAGGCUUGGAGCAUUGUGAAACCUUUUGCCACGUUUGUCUGUUUCCGAGAUUGCAAGACUUCAUCAUGAAUCAAGACUGGAAUGAUCCUAAAUCGAAACUGCAGCAGUGUUGUCUCACACUCCGUACAAUGGACGGUGGAGAACCGGACAUUCCCAUCUACAAAGUUAUCGAGUGCAAUGGUCCAACCAACACCCGCGUGUACACUGUGGCCGUGUAUUUCCGCGGAAAACGGUUGGCUUGCUCGAAUGGUCACAGCAUUCAGCAGGCAGAAAUGAAUGCUGCUAAAAAGGCUCUCGAAAACUCCAAGGAUCUAUUUCCGCAGCUGGACCAUCAGAAGCGGGUCAUUGCACAAAGCUUGAAACGGCAGAGGGUUCGAAGAGCGUCUAUGGAUGACCGUUCAGAGGAUCAGGAUAGGCGGGACGGUGCAUCUUCCGAGGAGAUUUACAAAAACGGAAAGUCUACUGACUCCUACCGGAAGAGGCGUAAGAAGGUCCCGGAUACACCGCAACUACCAAAACAGUAUCAAGUUAAGGACAGCGAUAGUGACAGUGAUGAUGCGGAUGACCGAGAGAAAAAGAAAAAGCGUCCUAAAAGACAGAGAAAGAGAUCGCACUCUACUGACAAAGUUGCACCAAGUCCCGCAACAAACCACAAGGAAAAAGUGGAAUCGAAAACGGUUAGUUUAGUGGUUCAGUAUGAUUCUCUAUCGGAUGAGGUAGAUCUACAACUGGAAGCCAUUUCGGAGUCGGACGAAGACUUUGGUGUCAAAUCUGAACCCAAGCAGGACCACUACAACAGCAUAGCGUCCGAUGUUAGUAAGAACGAUGACGCAGCAGCAAGUGGUGCCAUAAAUGAGGAGAAAGGAACUUUCGCCAAUUCUGUGCAAAUCUUCAAAAUCGAAGGAACGGACGAUGUAUCAUCAGAUCUUGAAUCCGGUGAAAUAGAAUAAGAAAAACAAUUCCAGGUAAGAUACAUACU